GCCAACUUCUUCUAUCUCUACACUACACAAAUACUAUAAUAAAACUUUACUCCUGUUGUUACUUGCUCCUGCUGCUGCUUUUAUACAUACACACUUGAUUUGAUGAUUGGUUAACAUCGGAUCAAACUAAAGUUAAAGUUGCUCGUAAAAUUAGAAUUGUACAUAAACUUGGUUUUAACUGGUAUGAAAAUCAAACUGAUAUGAAAAUCCUUCAACUUUUCCAACCUUCUUUUCGAACGAACGGAUCGCAUUGUUUGUGAAUUUUUCUUUGUGUUGUUCAUUUAGGAGUCAAAAUGUGAGGUGUUUUAGGAACAGAAAUACACUGCUGACAGGGUAUUCAGUCGUGUCAAGUGAUAAUGGUUUUUUAGACUUUAACCUGGCGUAACCUGAUCAUGCGAAACGAUAAUACGCUGAUUGGUCAUUAAAUUAGUGGUAAAACUUAAUGUUUUGACUGUUUGGGGAAGAUUGUGAACGAGGAGGUGGUGGGGAGCGGGGAAGGCGAGGGAGGACAUCGAUCCCGAGGGGCGGAGGAGGAGGAGGCAUUCGCGGGGUGUGGAGACGACCCGUUCCUGUCGUGACCGUGAUGAGGAAAUUGACCGAGGACGAGAUGAGCGGAUCCUCCUCAGACUCGGAACAGUCGACGUCCAGUUGUGUGACCGUCGGGGGUGGUUCAGGUGGUGGGGGAACUUUCAGAAUGGCAGCCAAGGCAGUUCUCACCUGUCGGCCUAAUUCCCAUCCAUUUCAGGAAAGAACACUUAUCCUGGAUCAGCCAGCUAAAAUUGGACGGUCCGUGGCCAGAGCUAGACCAAAUGGAAAUAAUGCGAUUUUUGAUUGCAAAGUCCUUUCUAGAAAUCAUGCCUUACUGUGGCAUGAAAACGGAAAGUUUUUCCUUCAAGACACAAAGAGCAGUAAUGGAACUUUUGUCAACAACCAACGGUUGAGUAAAAGUUCGGAAGAGUCUGCACCAAGAGAAGUCUGCUCAGGUGACAUUGUCCAGUUUGGUGUCGAUGUGAUGGAAGUUAAUAAAAAAUCUCUUGGCUUAUCCUCUACAGUAACACAUGGGUGUAUAGUUGCAAAUUUGCAACUAUUCUUGCCUGAUGGAAAAGAAGCUAAAGCUAGUUCCUCCACAACAUUACCCGAUAAGGCUUCCAACACCCCUUUGCAGGAUAUUUAUUUGUUAAAUGGUUACGUUAAGGAAGGCAUGCAAAAGGAGCAAAUGAUUGAACACAAAUUGGCAGCAAUAACAAAGCUUUUGUUGGCAACAAAGGAAUCAGCUAAUAGCAACUGGAAGGCUAUGAUAGAAGAAGACAGACUGUUGACCAGAAUUGACAUAUUGGAACGCCAACUUGAAACUUCUCACAAGUCCAUGACAGACGAGAGGUUGAGAGAAGAAAUAGUUCAACUGCAAGAGGACAAAGAAAAAUAUCAAACGGUUGCUAAAGAAGCUUUACGGAAAUCUAUGCAGGAUAAGAUGGACAUUGCUAAAAAAUAUCACGACUUAGAAAAAAACAUACAAACUUAUCUAAAGGAAAAGGAACUCUAUAAACAGUUGAGUGAACAACGCAAUGAUGAAUUGCAAGAACUCGCUGACAAAUUUGAAAAAGCAGAAGAAAAAUCUAAAGAACUGGAAGACGAAAUUGCAGCGCAAACACUGAAGUACAAAGAAGAACUUGAAGAACUUAACAAAAAGUUGAAAGAAGGCGAAGAUCUGUUAUUAGAAAAGCAAAAAAUCAUUGAUGCUUUAAUUGCAAAAAUUGAUUCGAGAACCGUCAUCUUAACAGCACAUAAUGAUAACACGAAAGUGAUUCUUCCAGAGAACGAUAGUAACAAAUUAAUAGAAAACGACGAGUUAGCCGACGGGGAAACAGCCAAAGAAAUUACCGAAAAUACUGACAUAAACAAGACGGGUGACGUUGAGAGCAUGACGUUUCAGUUAGUAUCUGCAGAACUUGAAAAGAAAGAAAUCCAAGCCAGACUCAGUCAAAUUUUAACUCUGUUCGAAGAUUUGAAAGCUGUUUCCAACAAAAGCCAGCCUUCUGAAUAUUUGUCUGAACUAAUUGGGAAAGUAGACGGCGAAAUUCAUCAGAUCAAGAAUUUCAUUCAUGGAGAUGAUUCGAUAAAGAACAACUACAACAUAACGGAAAAGUUGAACGAGAUCAACGCCGAAAACCACGUCAACCGAUUAAAUUCGGAUGCAACCAAUGGCGUUGAAAAAUUGUUGGAGGAAUCCCGGGACACGAUCAAAGCUCUUCAAUCAGAAGCCUCAUUAGCUAAACGUCAAUUCGACAACCUUCAAGAAAAGUAUAGUGCUUGUGCCAUUGACAUUGAGAAAUACAAGAAGCAAUUUGAAGGAGUGUCUGAAAAUAACUCCGUGCUUGUAUCUCGGCUAUGUUUUGCCCAGGAGAAAUUGGUGACAUUCGAGCAACAAGAUUCAGAAUGGCGUGACAAGUUUAUGAGUCAAACUGAGACACUUGAAACUAAAACGAGGCUAAUUGAGUCUCUGGAAGGUGAACUUCGUGCCUUGAAAAGUCCCAAAGUCGGCCAGAAUGAUCUCAACAGAGGGAAACAGAAACAUAAUAUUGCACUUGAGGUGGCUUGUCAAACAAUUCAAGAUUCAGCUACUUCAAACUCGAGUGCUCUCCAAUCUUUCAAUGUAAGCAGUGAUCUACUGAAUUCGAGCGUAAGCUCUGAUUCCGUUGCAUCAGAUCUUCAGGAUAGGCUAUUAUCCACGGAAGAAGAGCUCGCAGUGUACAAACACAGGUUCAGCGAAAGUUCGGCUGCAUGUGCAAAACUUAGUCGGGAAUGUUUGGAGCUCCGAUCUGAACAAGAUACGCUAUUUAACCAGUCAAAGGUCCAGCUAUGUUAUAUAAUCCCGAUAGUCAUUCUCAUUUUGGCCAUUUUAAUCGGUUUACGUCCGUCGUCAUGAAAAGAAUUCCGUCAAGAUGAAGGAUGAAGAAUUGCCUAAUUCAACUGCGGCAACUUGUCGUUUGGUGCCACUGAAGUUUCUGUUACAAGUAAAUAUAAUAAGCUCGAGAAAAUUUAGAUAUGAUAACUUCCUAACGAUUAAACUAUAUAUUCUCGUGGAUGCAGUUUUUCCACAAUUUAAAAAUGUAAUCUCUGUAUAGGAUGAAAAUUAUCGUUAAAUUCGUGUGUUCCAGCUUUAUUUAAUACCUGAUGUAAUCGCCUAAAGUCAUUGAUAACGUAUUUUACAAAAUUCAUGUUGUAUGUAUUUUAGUUGCUGAAGAGUAAAGUGCCGUACAAUCUCUCCAUGCUAAAAAAAUAUAUAAUCGCGUUGUAGGUAUUUUGUUAGUGUUCUGUUCCACUUGUCGUCCUCUUUAUCGCUUUUAUGAUGGCCUUUUAUUCGAAACACCUCGUUGCUUACUGCCACCGAGGGCUGAUGAUGCAGCUAUUUAAACAGAAAUCUUCAUUCUUGACGUUUGAGUUCAACCAACCAACAAUAAAACCAUUACUGGAACAAUUACACUUGCAGGAAGAAAAUUUUGGACAUUGCCCACUUUUAUUGGCAAAUCAUUAAUUUUAUUACAAAUAGAAAUAACUUGUACCAGAAAAUUAAUAGUGUCAAUCAGAAGAAUGUUUAUUGCUGUCAUUUAUUGUCAAUAUAUGCGGAUUAUAUUAAUAAUAUGUUUCAUCUAAUAUGGUACAAAAUUUCUCUUACUUUAAAUUUGGUACCCUUGAACAAUUGUACAAUGAUUGUGACCGACAUACUAAAUUAAUAAGUGACCUCAGUUUAAAGAAUUUUAGUUCUAGUCCUACUGACACACUCAUCCCAUUUUAUGUGCCCUAUUAGAAAAUUGAAGCGUAUUGUAUGUUAUACAUCCCUUGUUGCCGUUUAUAACAAGGGUUCUAAGAUUGUGUAUUGCCUAUGCUCUAUUUUAUAUCCUUCUCAUUAAGAAAACUAUAUAGAACGCUGUGUCAUUUUCUCAUUUUAUGAUGAUCUGUUAUUGAGUCCAAGGAAGAAAAUCAGACAACAUUUGUAAUACUUUCAUAGCAGGCCGGUACGCCAUGUUGGGUAAUUUGGAAUACGCAGAACUAUACAAAGAAUUACAUUCAGUUUAACCAGUCUGAGAUUAUAACUAUGUAGUUGGGUAACACUUUUGGCCUGGUAUAAAACUUUUGUAGCUAGUUGUACACAACUUCCUUGUGAUUUAUCGUUUACAUAAAUCGGGUUUACUGAAGCGAAUAAUAUGCAAAACACACCCGUCGUAAAAUACAACAGCGUUUGAAGUUAUAUCAUUUGUUAUGAUUCAAUUUUAAUUCUACUUUUUUUGGCAUGGAGGUUGUGCUAUCUAUCAAGGAGAAUAUUUUAAGCGAUGGAAGGAAGUGACCUUGCAUCAUGAUAAUUCUAAUUUAUUAUGCAUGAUGCAAAUAUGUGUUUUAUUUUAAGUGAAUGUACGAAAUAUAUGUAAAAUUGAACAAAAUGUGACGAGACGUAUGGGUCUUGUAUGUCAUUAAAUUUACGUAAGACACUACUUUAUAAUUUAUCUUCCCAACUGGGUCUGUGAACCGUAGUGGCGUGGGAUGCAUGACUAAAGUUUUUAAGGUGGUGAGUGAAAUUCAAAAGUAAAAAGUAUCGCAAAAUCGCACAAAUUACUUUUACCGCUGACAUUUUACUGGAAUAAAUGGAUCGCCUGUCCAAUAUACAAAAUGUUA